UCUUACUGUAAUCCUUAUGCUUUUGCAGUGCCUCGGCUUUUCACAGAGGGCAUAGCUGCAUUCUAUGAAGGUUAUUAUAAAAACAAGGGAGUCAAUAUCAUCAAGGGUACAGUGGCUGUUGGGUUUGAUACACAUCCAAAUGGAGAGGUGAAGGAAGUCAAACUUAAAGAUGGGAGAGUUCUGGAAGCCGACCUAGUAGUCGUAGGAGUCGGAGCAAAACCACUCACGACGCUAUUCAAAGGCCAAGUUGAAGAGGAGAAGGGAGGAAUUAAGACAGAUGCGUUCUUCAAAACAAGUGUACCCAAUGUGUACGCUGUGGGUGAUGUUGCGACUUUUCCUAUGAAAAUGUAUGGUGAUAUUAGAAGAGUUGAACAUGUUGAUCAUUCUCGCAAAUCUGCUGAGCAAGCUGUCAAGGCAAUUUUUGCCGGUGAGCAAGGGAAGUCUGUCGAUGAAUAUGACUACCUUCCAUAUUUCUACUCCCGUGCUUUCGAUUUGUCUUGGCAAUUCUAUGGUGACAACGUAGGAGAAACAGUCCUCUUUGGUGAUGCUGAUCCCAACUCUGCAACUCACAAGUUUGGAACAUACUGGAUCAAAGACGGAAAGAUCGUUGGUGCAUUCCUUGAGAGCGGUUCUCCUGAAGAGAACAAGGCAAUUGCUAAAGUUGCAAAAGUUCAACCCGUUGCUAGCUUGGAUCAAUUGGCACAGGAGGGCCUCAGCUUUGCUUCAAAGAUCUAAUUGCUACAUAUAUUGGAUUUAAAACAGCCCUUUGAAGUUUCUGCUUCUAUACAAUGUUGUUGUCGUUUGACAUUUUUACGUGGCUGGUUGAUUGGUUAAAUAUGAUACUUCUUUAUCUGAGUUUAGUUGCAGAAGAUUACCCUUGUAAGGCAUAUACAUAUACCUUAAGGAGUGACAUCUCUGUAAAUAACGGAAUGUUGGAUGCUAUGGUUUGUGCGAUACUCUUGCCCAGAAAAUAUGAGCAUCUAUUUGCUUGA